ACAUGCUGUCAGUUUCACGAACCUCCCUCUCAACUGACAGCAUUGUGCAAAAAACAGCGAAUCAUCGGAGAAACGUCAAAACCAACCGAUAUGAUGUUGUUGUUUUGAUUUACGUGUCGGAUACGGGAAUUUGCGUGAAAAAUAUUCGUGUUUUUUUCGGUGAAAUAUUCCGGUUAAUUGGCGUGUAAUUCCGAGUUCGCGUCCGAGUGAUGUCCGGUACCGUGGUGGUGGUGAUUUUUUAAAGUUCCAACAAGUGAAAAGUGACGAUAUCGGGAUAUCGGAAGCAGUGUGAAAAUGUCGUGGCUCAAGUUGAACGAUAGUUUGAACAAAGUCAAAGGUCAGAUUACCAGCUUUGCCCAGGAGGUGCUGGCCGAGGGAAUAGUGGAAGAACAGCAGGACGACGAUGGCCAGAGCAAUCCGGUGCGGGAUCUGCACGAGGCGCGGGAGAAGAUCGGCGAGUUGACGGGACUCUGCGCUACGCAGGACCAAGAGAUUGCAACACUUCGCAAACAAAUUGCGGAAUAUCAACAGCAACGGUACCAGUCCAAGUCCCCAACCGAGCUACCUUCGUCAUCGGGCUCAAAACUAGUAAGUACCAGAAACGGUUUUUCUUUUUGGAAGAAUUGCCUGUGCCUUGGUUUCAACCGCUUUCUCUUAUCAGUACAUUCUGGGCUAUUCUUGAGUGUAUCGGUAUCAAGAAUAAGAAACCAUAGGUACCUAUACUUACCUAACGUGACGGGUGGGAACCAAACAUCCACGAUAGGGACCCGGAUGGGGUCACCCCGUCCCCGUCGCCAUGUUCACCAGGAACUACCGGCUUGACUUACUUGGAUGGAUGGGUACAUUUCAGCUGCGUAUGUCACAUUUACCUUCAUAUGGGCGUUGGUUUUUUGCCCCAACGACGGUUCGAUAUCCAUCGCAGUAGGCUGCGCAUGGCCCAUGCAUGACCGACUAUCACCGUCGCCGCCGACUUGGAUCGAAGCACACGUUGCUCGCCUCUU